CCCAGAUGGAGACCAAAUCAACUAUGUCGCUCUCUGACACGCAAGUAAAUCCCGAUUUAGUGAAAGAAAGACGCAACAGCAGUCUAAACGAGACUGGCAGAAGGGAGAUAACAUAUCUGAGAGAUGGUGCACCGAAAUCCACCGCUAAGAGAAGAGCAAUAGAAUCUAUUGUAUUCAGGGAGCCAUGUAUGGAUAUGAACAAGACGUACUACCAGGGGGAUGUAGAGUAUCACGAUGGCGCCGUCGAGAGGGCUGUCACCAUCUUGAGGCUCAUGAAUAUUCAUAAGUGGUCAACAGAGGAGAUGGAUGUUGCCAUGGACCUGAUACGCGGUGACAUGGCCCUCUUUGUCCACAUGACCAUGUUUGUGCCGGCGUUAGAACGACUGGCGACUGAUGAACUACGCAAGAAGUGGCUCCCCCUUGCAAAAACGUGCAGAAUCUUUGGGACAUAUGCUCAAACAGAAUUGGGACAUGGGACCAACCUGUCCAAGCUGGAAACAGAGGCGCUUUACGAUCAAAACAGCCAGGAAUUUGUCAUGAAUACUCCAAGGUUGACAUCGAUGAAAUGGUGGCCUGGCGGCUUGGGGAAAUCAACAACGCACGCCCUGGUUCUCGCUCAGCUUUGUUCUCGUGGCAAGAGGUGUGGACUGCAUGCAUUCCUGGUGCAGAUCAGAAGUCUCCAACAUCAUCAACCAAUGCCAGGAGUAACGGUUGGAACGAUUGGACCAAAAUUUGGCGGACGUGGCGCUGAAAAUGGUUACUUAAUUUUGAACCGUGUUCGCAUCCCAAGGACAAAUAUGCUAAUGAAGUAUGCCGAGGUGUCCGCGGAUGGUGUGUUCAAGAGACUUGGCCGCGACAAGGCCACAUACGGGACCAUGGUGCUAGUCAGAACCAAGAUUACCAACUGGGCUUUUCAUAUUCUCUCGCAGAGUGUGACGAUAGCUUUACGAUACAGCGCCGUUAGACACCAGUCUCAGUUGAAACCAGGUGCUCCAGAAUCUGCCAUCUUAGACUACCAGACCCAGCAGUACAAGCUCUUCCCACUGCUCGCCCUGUCCUAUGCGUUGAUGUUUGCCAAGAACUCCAUGCUCGACAUCUACAGGAAGAGUAAUGAAAGGAUGGGUAGUGGAGACUUCUCCACUCUUCCGGAGUUGCAUUGCCUCUCCUCUGGGCUGAAAGCUUUCUCAUCCGAUCUCGCCGUCCAGGGAGUUGAAAUGUGCCGUCGGUCGUGUGGGGGACAUGGUUAUCUGAAUGCCAGUGGCUUACCCAAGAUAUUAUGUGAUGGAACGUCCGCUGUGACGAUUGAAGGAGAUAACACAGUGCUUUACCUACAGACUGCCCGGUUCCUCCUCAAGACCAUGCUGCAGCCGGAGGGGGAUUCUGUGCUGGGUACAACCGACUUCCUCCAAAGAGAUGACACAUCCAUUCAGGGGGACUUUGACUGCUACUGUGGUGCUACUCUAACUAGGAUGUAUGAACAGAGGGCAAAGAUUGUCCUCUCUGAUGUUGUGAGCAAGUUUCAAGAAGCUUUGAUGAACGGCCAGGAACAAUACCUAGUCUGGAAUCAGUGUGCCGCUCCUCUGGUGAAGGCUGCCAAGGCGUUCAUUCAUUGCUUUGUAGUGUGUAACUUCAAGACGUCCCUAGAUUCGCUAGCUGUGUCAACUCCCACCUUAACUGCCCUCAGACAACUCUUCCUGCUGAAUGCCUUCCAUGGUAUUGUGGACAAUGCUGGCGAAUUCCUCGAGACUGGUGCUUUGACUUUUGGACAGUUAAAACUGAUCAAGGAGGAAGAAUUAAAGCUUCUGACUGCAAUAAGGCCGAAUGCCAUAGCCCUUGUUGAUGCAUUUGAUUACUCGGAUGAAGUGCUAUGCUCGGCACUUGGCAGCUACGACGGCAACGUCUAUCAGAGGCUGUUUGAGGCAACAAAGUUAGAUCCUCUCAAUGAGCACCAGGUUGCACCCACCUACGAAAAGUACCUCAAGCCAUUGUUGAAGAGUCAAUCCAAGCUCUGACCUUCCGGGUUUAAAACUCCAAACUGUCCAAAUAAACUGGUCCACUCUCUUGCCGUCUUGGUGUGGGCGAUGAGACAGGACCGAGUCAGGCCUGGCUGUCCCACUCUCUUGCCGUCUUGGUGUGGGCGAUGAGACAGGACCGAGUCAGGCCUGGCUGUCCCACUCUCUUGCCGUCUUGGUGUGGGCGAUGAGACAGGACCGAGUCAGGCCUGGCUGUCCCACUCUCUUGCCGUCUUGGUGUGGGCGAUGAGACAGGACCGAGUCAGGCCUGGCUGUCCCACUCUCUUGCCGUCUUGGUGUGGGCGAUGAGACAGGACCGAGUCAGGCCUGGCUGUCCCACUCUCUUGCCGUCUUGGUGUGGGCGAUGAGACAGGACCGAGUCAG